AUGAAAAGCCAUCGGGGUUACUCUCGGACGGGCACAGACGAUAAAUUCAACGAGGAUGAUGGGAUCUCCGAGCUGCAAGAGAUGGGCACAUUUGAUCACAGGUUUCGUCUCGCAUGGAACUUGAUCAGCAUGUUGAUGUUUUUAUCGGGGGUAGUCAUGAUACUAGUCGCUAAGGAUAGAAAAAUGUCCGACAAAGAGUGCGCUGCACAGCUCAGCGUCUGGUGUGCGUAA